AGCCGUGCACGUGUUCGAAGUGGGAGCGCCCACCCGGCCCGGAGGUUCCUGGAGAUGGAAGCCGAGAUGGAGACACAGGGUGCUGGGCCCGAGGACGGCUUCACUCAAGUCACUCGCAAGGGUGGCCGGCGAGCGAAGAAACGGCAGGCUGAGCAGCUGUCCGCAGCGGGGGAGGGCGGGGAUGCGGGCCGCAUGGACACCGAGGAGGCCCGGCCGGCCAAGAGGCCCGUCUUCCCGCCCCUGUCCGGGGACGGACUCCUGGGUGGGAAAGAAGAAACGAGGAAGAUUCCAGUCCCAGCCAACAGGUACACACCGCUGAAGGAAAACUGGAUGAAGAUAUUCACUCCUAUUGUAGAACACUUGGGCCUUCAGAUUCGCUUUAACUUGAAAUCAAGGAAUGUGGAGAUCAGGACUUGUAAAGAAACCAAGGAUGUCAGUGCUCUGACCAAAGCUGCUGAUUUUGUGAAAGCUUUUCUUCUGGGCUUUCAGGUGGAGGAUGCACUGGCCCUCAUCAGACUGGAUGACCUCUUCCUAGAGUCUUUUGAAAUAACUGAUGUUAAGCCCCUAAAGGGAGACCACCUGUCUAGGGCAAUCGGAAGAAUCGCCGGCAAAGGAGGAAAAACCAAAUUCACCAUAGAGAAUGUGACACGGACACGGAUAGUUUUGGCUGAUGUGAAAGUUCACAUCCUUGGCUCUUUCCAAAACAUCAAGAUGGCGAGAACCGCGAUUUGUAACCUCAUCCUGGGAAAUCCUCCCUCAAAGGUUUACGGCAACAUUCGAGCUGUGGCUAGCAGGGCAGCAGAUCGAUUCUGAUGCCAACUCUGUGCCUUUUUAUCUUGUCUUUGGACUCUCUAAAGAAGACCUGACAUUCUACAGGCCGUCACAGGAAACCAUGUCACGUUGAGCCCGAGUCCCUUCAUUCUCAGCCAGACGCAUAAAUACCAAGGUUUAAUCACGUUUACCCUCAGUAGCUUUCAGGGCAACACCGAUGUCAAAAUCUAACGCUGUUAAUAUGUAUAAUCUUCAUUUUAAAGGACAUGUAGCAGAUUCAUAUCAUACGUGAAUCUCUUAUUUGGUGGGAACUUCUGACUUAAAUAUGUAUGAAUGUGUUAGUUUUUAUUUAUAAAUUUAUAGCUUUUUAUGAAUUUAUAAAUAUCUCUUCUGUAUAAAUUGUAAUUAAAGGAAUCAUUUCAGGAAA